AUAUCAUCAUCUACCGUAGAUUCGAUUGUAAGAGUUGUUACAAAGAAAAGAGGACUCUUCAUCUGCUACACCAAACCCACGGUAAAAGGCUUAAUUUCUGUUUUGACCAUUGACUGUAAAAGUUUUGACCCCUCCCCAAUUUUUCGCUUUUAGGCCUGCCCAAACAGCUGUUUGUCUCUGAAGAUUGUCUUCCCCUGGAGAACGUUGAGAAUCCUGUAACCUAAUUGUUUAUUUUGUUUUACCUCAUAGUUGGAUAAAAAAUGUCAACUCAAAGAACAUUUGAAACUGUGAGGGAAGUGGUUGCAUCGGUUCGUGCACAAACUGUGGCUUGUGAUAAAUUGGUUCUGUAUGACACCUGGGCAGAGAACUACGAUCAGGAUUUAGUUACUCUGGACUACCAUGCACCAGCUACUGUAGCAAAGAGCAUCUCCUCCCAUUUCAGCGGUGACCCUGAAGGUGCUGUUGUGUUGGAUGUGGCCUGCGGUACAGGACUGGUGGCAAAGCAGAUGAAAGAACUUGGUUUUGGACAUUUUGUGGGCAUUGAUGGAAGCAAGCUUAUGUUGGAGGAGGCCAAAAAGAAGGGACUGUACCAAGACUUGAAGCAAUGUAUUUUGGUACAAGAGCCACUUCCAGUGCAAAGUGGAUCAUACGAUGUGGUUGUAAUUUGUGGAGCCCUGACUGUGGAUCAUGUUGCUGUAAGUGUGAUCAGAGAGCUGUGCCACGCCUGCAAACCAGGUGGCUUGGUUUGUAUGACGUGCAGACAUGGUGAAGACAAUAUGGAAUACAAAGCAUCCUUGGAGCGUGAGCUGAAGGAGAUGGAGGUGGAGGGACUGUGGAGUUGUGUAGCUGUCACUGAGAAGGAAAACUGGUCGAAAUCAGUGAAAGCUGCAGGGGACAGCUACAUAUCUGGAUCUGUGUACCUCUACAAAAAACUGUAAUACAAUAUAACACUCAGCUGCUAUGUCACAAAUUGUUUAACAGCAGACAAUGUGAACAAUAAACAGUUAAAGAGA